CCAGUGUGUCCCGUACCACUCUUCUCCUACACCUCCCGCGGUAAUCGGCGUGCGAGGGCAGGGGCUCCGUUCUCUCUCUCUCUCUCUCUCUUACUGUUUUCUACCAGCGAAGUAAACUUCACCUCGCUGCUGAGUUCCAGGGUAUUAGUCAGGCCAAUUGAGCUCAAUUCGACGAGGAACCGGUAAAGAAGAACGAUGAAUGCACCACCUAUUGUGUUAGACCAAGGUACCGGGUUUGUGAAGAUAGGACAUGCCGGUAACAACUUCCCAGAACACACGUUCCCUUCGAUUGUUGGGCGUCCUAUUCUGCGUGCUGAGGAGAGAACGGGGGACGUUGAGAUCAAGGACAUCAUGUGUGGUGAUGAGGCGAGUGCAGUGCGCUCCUCGCUGCAGAUCUCGUACCCUAUGGAGAACGGUAUCAUCCGGAACUGGGAGGAUAUGGAGCACCUGUGGGACUAUGCCUUCUACGAGCGUCUCCAAGAGGACACGAGAGGUAAGAAGGUGCUGCUAACCGAGCCUCCGAUGAACCCUUUGAAGAACAGAGAGAAGAUGUGUGAUAUGAUGUUUGAGAAGUACCAGUUCGGCGGCGUGUACGUUGCCAUCCAGGCAGUUUUGGCGCUGUAUGCCCAAGGUUUGAGCUCUGGAGUUGUCGUUGAUUCCGGUGACGGUGUUACCCAUGUGAUCCCGGUGUACGAGUCCGUUGUUCUGAACCAUCUUACAAGAAGACUGGACGUUGCCGGUAGAGACGUUACGAGACACUUGAUCGACUUGCUCUCGAGAAGGGGCUACGCCUUCAACAGAACUGCGGAUUUCGAAACGGUUCGUCAGAUCAAGGAGAAACUGUGCUAUGUCUCCUACGACCUGGAACUCGAUGCCAGGCUGUCCCGUGAUACGACAACUCUUGUUGAAAACUAUGAAUUGCCAGAUGGACGUGUCAUUAGAGUUGGCUCUGAAAGAUUCGAGGCCCCAGAGUGUCUCUUCCAGCCAAACUUGGUUGACUGUGAACAGCCAGGUAUGGGUGAAUUAUUAUUCAACACCAUCCAAAGUGCCGAUCUCGACGUGAGAUCUUCCCUUUAUAAAGCCAUUGUCCUUUCCGGUGGCUCCUCUAUGUAUCCGGGUUUGCCUUCAAGAUUAGAGAAAGAGUUGAAACAGCUAUGGCUCACAAGAGUGCUUCAUGGCGACCCUUCCAGAUUGGACAAGUUCAAAGUUAGAAUCGAGGAUCCACCAAGAAGACGACACAUGGUUUUCAUCGGUGGUGCUGUUUUGGCUAACAUCAUGGCUGAUAAAGAUCACAUGUGGAUCUCUAAACAAGAAUGGGAAGAGAGUGGAGCUCAAGCCUUGGUAAAACUUGGUCCAAGAUAGGCUCCGUCAUGGUGUGUGUGCGUGUGUGUUUUAUAUAAAAUGAAUAAAUAAAGCAAUUGAAUUGAGAGAAGAAGGAUCUUUGAU